AUGCCGGUGCGACAGCGUGAAGGAAUACCCGGGACAGGGCGGUCGAAGCCUUCGUUUGAAGAAGGCAAGCCCCGAAUCAAGCCAGAACCUUGUAUCAUCGACCUCUGCGACUCGGAAGAAGAGCUGCCAGCUCCUAGCGUUCCUGGACCGUCCAAGCCUGUACCACGCCCUCAAAGGUCUGCUGCAAGAAACGGCAAAGUCAAGUACGAAGACGAGGACGAUGAUGCGCUCGGCCGUUCCGACAGCGUCGAUGAUGAUUCGGACCGAGACGACUUCCGCGGCAGCAACAGCAAACGAAAAGCAAACAAGCGCGCACCCUCCGAGGCGCCUCUCUCAACAGCCAAGCUGUACGCCAUCGCUCGAGUUGUCACGCUCGCCACCGACGGCGUCGCAUCAGCCUCCGAAUCCGAGGCCAAGCUCGCCGGGGUCAGCGCAGGCAUCCUCUCGCGCAUCCAAAAGUCGCUCGCCCUCGCCAAACACCCUGGCACCGGCGAGGCAGAGGCACAACAAGCCCUACGUCUAGCCACACGCCUAAUGUCAUCGCAAAACCUCACCCAAGCCGACCUCCUCGCCUCGUCUGACGCCGAAGCCAACCAAGCACGCGCUGGAAUGUCGAUCGUCGAGAUUGUUUCGCAAACCAACGCGGCCCCACGCAACGAGAGCUGGGCUAACCAGGUCGCGGUAGCAGUCAACCUCUUUUUCGACGUCAAAGCCUACUCCACUUCGUACGCCAACCGCACCAAGCUUAGCUGGACGUUCUACGGUCUCGCGAUCAACACGGUCGCCGCUGCCCACGCCUUUGAGAUGGUGCACAACCAGGUGCUUACCUGGGCAUAUGAGAAGGCAGCUGCUAAACUUGUGUCGGGUAAGACGGGUAAGAACAGCUACUGCCAAGGGGUUGCUGCUGGGUUGAUCGUGCUGGCGAAAAAGGAGAAGAAGGAAGAAUUAAGGCUGGCCAUCGAGUCCGAGAAGAAGCGGCUCAAAGACGCCGAGGAGCAGGAACAUGUACAGAUCAAAAAAGAGGAACAACGGCUGAACAAUCCGACGGUCCCCGAGCCGAGUACGUCUGGUUCGACUCGUGUCAAGGCAGAGCCGCUAGAAGAUGACCUGCCAAGCAACUCUGCGUCGACGUCUCGAAACGUCAAACUUGAAGACGUUGUCGACGAAGAAGAUACCAAGCCUUUUAGGCACGGCGUGAAACGGUCGGCCUCGCAAGAAUUCGACAACGGCUAUGGUCAGUGGACGGAGUCUCGUGGUGAGGGUGAUCCCGGUAGCGUCAAGCCAGAAGGCGAAGUCGACUAUGAGGACUCAGAUAACGAAGGCUUCAACGACCGUUUCUACGACAUGAACGAUGUCGCAGACCCAACACCAGGCUUCGCAGAUGAUCCAGACGAAGACAUGAAGCCGCACUUCGACGAAGCCCUAGAACGGGACAUCAUCGAUCUCGACGAUCUCCCCGGUGACUCACUCGACGUCAAGCCCAAACUCGAGCCCGAGCUAGACAUCAAACCCAAAGCAGAACCUCAGGAUAGCAAUGACGACCUCGGCGCCGGCUGGCACUCCAGCAACCAGCUCAUCCGCUUCCGGCAAGACGCGGAGAAGAUCGCAGACGACUACCUCGCUUCGCAGCACUCGGGGCUCAAGCUCAAGAAGCGCGCAAAGUCGUCGUUCAAGAAAGACUCUCAGGCGUUCGAACAGGGCCGACAAGAUGCGAGGAAGAUUGAUGUCAAGAGGAAGCGAAUUCAGAAUUAG